UGCAUUAAAAUGACGGAAGCGACUCUUUCAGUGAUUCAGGAUCAGUUCAUCUGUUCAAUCUGUCUGGAUUUACUGAAGGAUCCAGUGACCAUUCCCUGUGGACACAGUUACUGUAUGAGCUGUAUUACAAACUGCUGGAAUCAAGAUGAUCAGAAGAGAAACUACAGCUGCCCUCAGUGCAGACAGACCUUCAAUACAAGACCUGAUUUAAAUAAAAAUGUGGUGCUUGCUGAGACUUUGGAGAAUCUAAAGACCACAGAGGUUUGUAGUGGAUCUAAAGAUGUGGGGUGUGACAUUUGUACUGGAAGAAAACGCAAAGCUAUCAAGUCCUGUCUGAUGUGUCUUGAAUCUUACUGUCAAACUCAUUUUGAACAACAUGAAGCUUUUCACCCCAGUAAGCGGCACAAAUUACAGGUAACUGAUGCCACUAGAAGACUUCAGGAGAUGAUCUGCUCUCAACAUGACAAACUCAUCGAGGUUUACUGUCGCACUGAUCAGAGAUGUAUUUGUUUGCUUUGUGUGAUGGAUGAACAUAAAAAUCACGACAUUGUAUCAGCUGCAGCAGAGAGAACUGAGAAACAGAGAUUACUGGAGGAGAAGCAGAGGAAACUCCAUCAGAGAAUCCAGGAGAAAGAGAAAAAGCUUCAGGAUCUAAGAGAGGCUGUAAAGAUUCAUGCAAUCUCUGCACAGACAGCAGUGGACGACACUGAGAGGAUCUUUACUCAACUGAUCCGAUCCAUUGAGAGAAGACGAUCUGAGGUGAUACAACUGAUCAGAGAUCAGGAAAAGACUGCAGUGAGUGAAGCUGAAGAUCUCUUGAAGAAACUGAAGCAGGAGAUUGAUGAUCUGAGGAGGAGAAAUGAUGAGAUGGAGAAACUUUCACAAACAAAAGAUCACAUCAGUUUCCUUCAGAGUUUUCAGUCUCUCUCUUCAUCUCCUGGAUCUUCAGACAACAUCACUGUCACUUCUCGUCUCUCUUUUGAUGAUGUGAUGAAAUCUGUCACUAAACUGAAAGAAAAGAUGGAGGAUUUCUGUAAAGAAGAGAUUGAAAAUAUAUCUGAGAAAGCUUCAUACAUUGAAAUUAUUCCCAAUGAACCCAAGAUCAGAGAGGAGUUCCUACAGUAUUUCAGGCUCUUCUCUCUGAGUCCAAACACAGUACACAGACGUAUACGUCUGUCUGAGGAGAACAGAACGGCUACUUACACUGACACAUAUCAGCUGUAUCCUGAUCAUCCAGACAGAUUUGAUGGUUAUUGUUUUCAGGUGUUGUGUAGUGAGAGUGUAAGUGGACGCUGUUAUUGGGAGAUUGAGUGGAGUGGUUGGGUGUUUAUAUCAGUGUCAUAUAAGAGUAUCAGGAGGAAGGCAUGGGAUGAUGAGGGUUUAUUUGGAUAUAAUGAUCAGUCCUGGAGUUUGCGCUGCUGUGACUCCAGUUGUUCAUUCUUUCACAAUAAGAUUAAAACUAAACUCCCUGUAGUGUUCAGUUCUUCUAGAAUAGGAGUUUAUGCGGAUCACAGUUCAGGAUCUCUGUCCUUCUACAGCGUCUCUGACACAAUGACCCUCAUCCACAGAGUCAACGCCACAUUCACUAAACCUCUCUAUCCUGGGUUUAGGUUAGAUAAGAGAUCAACAGUGAAACUGUGUCAUCUAACAUUAUAAAUGAUAAAUGUUUAGUAGUAUAUGUAUAUAUAUAUACACAAGUGUCUUCUAAACCCGUUUAUGUAAUUUGACAAAUCAAAAGACAAAAUAUAAAUUAUCAUUCAUAGCCUAUACAUUAUAUAUUUUAUUCUUAUAACUUUGAGAUUUUACAUUGGCCAUCAACUUUUAGUUUGAAGUUAAAACUUAAUUAAAUUCAAGCUUAGACUCAUGAGAUGAUUUCUUAAAUUCAUUUAAUAAUGAUGAUUUUCUGUAAUGUUUAUAUCUGCAUGAGAAUCUGAUAAAUACAAUCACUGUUCAUGAGGAGUACAAAUACUGCAUAUAAGCAAUAUGGCUGGAGUAGGAGAAGGCAAUCACAGCUGUGAUGAUAUAGAGCUAUAUCACACGACUCCGAGAGCUUUGUUGCUUUUAUACAACAGUUCAACAGCUCACGUUUGAAAAAAGAAAACUAGAAAAAAAAACAUAGGGAUUUUAAAAGCAUCUUUGUUGGGGAACUACUUUCUUCCGCCACGGAUUUGAAGGCUAGAAUUACAACACUUUCGGCUGUUUGUUUUGAAUGUCAUAACUAGGGAUGCACCGAAUCCAGGAUUCGGAUUCGGCCAAAUACUGGGCUUUUUGAGGGGGUUCGGGUUCGGACGAAUCUUAGAUUUUUUUUCCACCGAACCGAACCCUAAGCUUGCGCUACGCUGGUUGACGUCACGCGGCCGUUGAUUACACACAUCAGGUGCUGACGUGGAGAUAAGUGUUGUUUUUUCCGGUGAGCCUUAGGGGCGUUUCACAUUUCGUGGAUGCACCUGGAAAAACUAACGCAUCGCACCGCAUCGCUUUCAUUGUGCUUUGAAGUCGGGCUAUCAAAAUGCAUCCCCGCCCUGCCCGUCGGGCUAUCUUGACUUAUAGGGAGGAAAAAAUAUAUUUAAAUGCUUAUGUAUCCUCUCACAGAUUUGGAUGGGUAAUUGUGGUGCAUGAAAUUCAGGCAUUGGGUAUUUAAAUUGCAUUUGAGCGCGCGCUCGAGUUUUACUUUCACUUUCGCGUUCGGGCGAAGCCGCAGUACAGGAAGCAAUCCGUACUGAUUUGUCAUGGAUUUUUGUGAAAAUCCUCCAACUUCGUCCUGUCAGUCAUUACUAUCCUCACGUAAGACAAUUAAAUCUCUCGCAGCAAGCUUUAAUGUGAUAUAGAUUGUACGGGCAGUGAAGAGAGUGACUCUGCAGAGUGAAAAAUAAAUGUGCUUAAGUGUACUUAUUACAUAAAUAAUACACUUUAAGUAUAUACACUUAAGUUUGAAUUAAAUGCAAUCUUUUCGGCGCACUGCAUGCACGUGUAAUUAAUUUCAAAUAUAUCAUAUAUUAAGUUGAAAUAAAAUGUAAUAAGUUGCCAUUAAGAGUGAUUUUUUGGGAACAACUUAAUUGGUACUUUAUUACAACUUUAUAUCUACUUUCAUACUUGCUUCUAGUGUUUUUACAAUAUACUUAAAGUGCACUACACAAUAUAAUGACAUGAAAUUAAUGUGAUUUAAAAUGCAAUUUAAUGUCUGUUAACAAUACUCUUAAGUGUGAAUUGAAUGCAAUGGUUUCAGUGCACUGAAUGCACAUUAAAUGCAAUUAAUUUCAAAUACAUCAUAUAUUAAGUUGAAAUAAAAUGUAAUAAGUUGCCAUUAAGAGUGAUGUUUUGGAACAACUUAAUUGGUACUUUAUUACAACUUUAUAUCUACUUUCAUACUUGCUUCUAGUGUUUUUAAAAUAUACUUAAAGUGCACUGUUCAAACUACUG